CUGAAAAUGUUUAUAAAUGAUCCAAUUGAUCUUGUUAGAAAUGCUUUAAGUGUUAUCUGUUCAUUGAAUGAUGAACUCACAAUACUGCCUGGAACAUAAGUAAUCACUUUGAAAAAUGUACCUGAUCAUCCUUCAAUUCUUUGUGGUGGAGGAUCAGGUCAUGAACCAGCUCAUGCAGGAUAUGUAGGUUCAUUUAUUUAAGCAGCUGUAUGUGGUAAUGUAUUUACUUCACCUCCUUAUCAUUAUGUUCAAUCUGCUAUAAAUUAUUUAAAUGAAAACAACAACAAUUAAGGAGUACUUGUAAUCAUCAAAAAUUAUACUGGUGAUAUAAUGAACUUCACAUUAGCAGUUUAAAACUGUCCAAAUGUAAAUACAAGAAUUCUUAUAGUAAAUGAUGAUUAUGCCUUUGAAUAUGAUAGAAGAGGUCUCGCUGGUACAGUAUUACUUUAUAAAAUUCUAUCUGAAGCUGCUAAAGAGAUGGAUCUUGAAUAAUUAUACUAACUAGGUAUAACAAUCAAUUAAAAACUUGCAACUAUAGGAGUUAGUUUAUCAUCUUGUACACUUCCUGGUCAAAAAUAAAACUAUCAAUUUUAAUAUGGAACAAUGGAGAUUGGUUUAGGAAUUCAUGGUGAAAAAGGUUUAACAUAGUAAUAAUUAGUUUCCUCUUAAAAUAUUAUCUAAAUAAUGUCCAAAAUAUUGAGUGUCACUAAUUAAGAUGAAUUAAUAGUAUUACUCAAUAAUUUAGGAGGAACAACAGAUUUAGAGAUGAAUUAAUUAAUCUAUGAUUUACUUUAAUAAAAUUAACGAAUAAAAUGUUUAAUUUGGGGAAGAGCAAUGACAUCUUUAGAAAUGCAUGGAAUAUCUUUAACAGUGUUAAAAAAUGAUGAUGAAAAAAUCUUUGAGUGGGCAUCAAAAUAAUCUCCAAACUUAAAUGUUGUUAUUAAUCCAAAAUUAAAGAUAUAUUCUUUUGAAACUAUUUAAUAAAUUUAAGGUAUUCCUUUGACAAAAAAAUAAGUUUAAAAAGUUAGAUAUAUUUGUUAAGAAUUAAUUAAAGAAGAAGAUUAAUUCAAUUAUUACGAUAAGUAAGUUGGUGAUGGUGAUUUUGGAUAAUCAAUUAAAAAUGGUUGUCUUGGUCUAUUAGAACUAGGUGAACAUUUAAAUUUAGAAUAAAUAGGAGAUAAACUAGCUAAAUGUAUGGGUGGAUCAAGUGGUCCAAUUUUAGGAUGUUUUAUUUUUGGACUUAGUAGUUAAGUAAAAGACCCAGAAAAUGAUACUGAAGAAUAAUGGAAUAAAGGUGUAGCAGAAGGAAUUAAGCGUAUUAAAUAAUUAGGUAGAGCAAAUCUUGGAGAUCGUACACUCUUAGAUGUAUUAGAACCAGUCUAUAAUUAAUAUAUAUUAGAAGGAAAAGUAAUCUAAAUAUAUCAUUAUUAUUUUAAGCCUUUUAAAGAAAACCUUUCAAAUUUGAUUUCCUAUGCUAAAAUAUAAGCAUAAUUAGCUACUAACUUGAAGGCCAGAAAAGGAAGAUCUAGAUAUUUAGCUGGUAAAGAAAUUGGAUAAAAAGAACCAGGAUGUGAAUUUAUAGUGAAAUUACUUGAAUUAUUCCUCAAUCAAUGA